CACUUUUUUUAAAAUCCAAUCCUAAAAAUGAAAAGAAGGACGAAUUUCCAUAGGCAGUCCCGCGAUAUUUUUAAAACCUAAAUGUUUUAAUCGCUUAAAUAGUGAAAUUAUCCCAUUUACCACCAAAACCUGUAUUUCUCUCUAAUGGCUCAAGUCGGCGAUCUUCCCUGCGACGGAGAUGGCAUUUGCAUGAUCUGCAAAACAAAACCAUUGCCAGAUGAUUCUCUUAGUUGUAAAACUUGUGCCACUCCCUGGCACAUCAUCUGCCUCUCAUCUCGCCCUGAUACCUUGGCGGACGCCCUCCAAUGGGACUGCCCUGACUGCUCUAUGCUAAAUCCUACUAGCACGGCCGUCGGAAAAUCCGAGGAUAAUUCCUCUGACUUGAUUUCCGCGAUUCGGGCGAUCGAGUCUGACGUGUCACUCACUGAGCCUGAGAAGGCUAAGAGACGGCAGCAGCUCCUUGGUGGAGGAGGAGGCGAGUCCGGGAAAGAGAAGAUUAACUGUACUGCUAGUGGUAGUAAUGAGAUACUGGAUAUUCUUGAUGCCGGAUUAAACUGUUCCUUUUGCAUGCAGUUGCCUGAUAGGCCUGUUACGACGCCAUGUGGUCAUAAUUUUUGCCUUAAGUGUUUCCAGAAAUGGAUUGGACAAGGAAAGCGUACAUGUGCAAAUUGCCGCAACCAAAUUCCCGCUAAGAUGGCAAGCCAACCCAGAAUAAAUUCUGCACUUGUCAUUGCCAUCCGAAUGGCAAAGAUGUCAAAAUCCAAUACUUCCGGGAGACUUCGUGAAGCAAGUCAUUUUGUUCACAAUCAAAACAGGCCGGACAAAGCAUACACUACAGAAAGAGCGAAGAGAGCUGGAAAAUCUAAUGCCUGUAGUGGAAAGAUCUUUGUCACUGUACCCCCCGAUCAUUUUGGGCCCAUUCUUGUUGAGAAUGAUCCAGUAAGAAAUCAAGGUGUUUUGGUUGGUGAAUCAUGGGAAGAUAGGCUGGAGUGUAGGCAAUGGGGUGCUCAUCUUCCCCAUGUUGCAGGAAUUGCUGGUCAGUCAAGUCAUGGCGCUCAAUCAGUGGCCUUGUCUGGAGGUUAUGUGGAUGACGAGGACCAUGGUGAAUGGUUCCUUUACACCGGGAGUGGAGGAAGAGAUCUCAGCGGCAACAAACGCACAAAUAAGGAACAAUCAUUUGAUCAGACCUUUGAAAAGAUGAAUGAGGCAUUAAGAUUAAGUUGCAGAAAGGGAUACCCUCUACGAGUUGUGAGAUCUCAUAAAGAGAAGCGUUCUUCUUAUGCUCCAGAAGUAGGAGUGCGUUACGAUGGCAUUUAUAGAAUUGAAAAAUGCUGGCGUAAAAUUGGAAUUCAGGGCUACAAGGUUUGCAGGUAUCUUUUUGUGAGAUGCGAUAAUGAACCUGCACCUUGGACAAGCGAUGAUCAUGGAGAUCGUCCGAGGCCUCUGCCAGCUAUUGGAGAAUUAGAGAAUGCAGUUGAUGUGACUGAAAGGAGAGUAUCUCCGUCCUGGGAUUAUGAUGAAGAAAAAGGUUGUUGGAUGUGGAAGAAACCUCCACCAACUAGCAAAAAACAGGUUGCUGUAGGAAAUGGAGAAGAUGGCAAGAAAAUGAGAAAAUCCAAGGGACGGCAACCUGUGGGAGACAAGCUUUUGAAAGAAUUAAGCUGUCAAAUUUGUCGAAAGGUGAUGAGUAAUCCUCUUACUACCCCAUGUGCGCAUAAUUUCUGUAAAGCAUGCCUAGAGGAUGCUUUUGCUGGUCAAAGUUUCACCAGGCAGAGAACAUGUCAAGGCACACGAACAUUAAGAGUGCAGAAAAGCAUUAUGAAGUGUCCGGCCUGUACAAAUGAUAUAGCAGAGUUUCUUCAAAAUCCACAGGUUAAUAGAGAAUUAAUGGGUGUGAUUGAAGCAUUACAACAGAGAAAUAAAGUGUCUGAAGACUCUGAUACAGUUGCUGAUGCAGAAAUGUGUAAUAUGAAUGGUGAGGUUCUUCAAGAAGCCAACGGUAACAUUUUGGGGGAUCAGUCAGAAAUUGAACAAUCUGAUGGUGUGGAUGGUGAAACUGUAACUCAUAGCGAUGAAUCUGAAAAAGGGGACUGCAAUGAACAGCCAGCUACCACUGAAUUCAAGCAGAACUGCAGCAGAAAGAGGGACAAUGAUGUUGGGGAUCAGCUGAUAGAAGAUGCUCAAGUUCCCACCAGAGGCAAGAGGGUAAAGGUGACUGUAACACAAUGAAUAGUCUGGUGCUCUUUCUGGUCAUGAAAGAAGUUUUGUUUAAGCCAACUCAGGCUUCUGUUUAUAGAAGAGACUUUUGUUGAUGAUACAGGUACUUGGUGAAAGCCUUCUAUGUAUUUUCCUAUUUAUGUCUCUUUGGCCAAUAUCUGGUACUACUUUACAGUCUCAUGAAAACAUUGUAAGGUCAUGCAACACAUAUUCACCUCGAACAUGGAACUCCCAUCUCCUUUUGGGGGAAGAUUAGGUUUUUUAACCUGCAACCUGAUGGGCAUUUUGAUGCCCUUGCUAUGAUUA